GCUGAUUUUCGCUGUCGUCGUCUCCCUCGUCCUCCUCUCCGUGUUGUUGUUCUCGGUGACGCGACGGAGGUGUAGCCUGACGCGGUCUCUUACGUGUCGGUCUGAAUAAAAGUGGAGCUCCGUAGACCCGGGAGUGACGAAGCGAGUCUGUGUUGAUUUUAAAUGAAAAUGGAGGCUGGUGCAGACACACAGCAAAGUGGUGAAACAGCUGUCUCGGAGUCUGAGGUCCAGCAGAUCACCCUGGGUCAGGCGUCCAUAGCAGCUGGCCAGGUGACGUCCAGUAGUCCCACAGUCACUCUCGUGCAGUUACCCAAUGGUCAGACAGUCCAAGUGCACGGGGUGAUCCAAGCUGCUCAGCCCUCUGUCAUCCAGUCCCCACAGGUCCAGACUGUACAGAUUUCAACUGUUGCUGAGAGCGAGGACUCUCAGGAGUCCGUAGACAGCGUGACAGAUUGCCAGAAGAGGAGAGAGAUUCUGUCCAGACGACCUUCCUAUAGGAAGAUUCUGAACGAUUUAUCGUCAGACGCUCCAGCAGUGCCUCGAAUUGAGGAGGAGAAGUCAGAGGACGACUCGGCCCCUGCCAUCACCACAGUCACCAUGCCCACUCCCAUCUAUCAGACCAGCAGUGGCCAGUACAUUGCAAUCACCCAGGGCGGGGCCAUCCAGCUGGCCAAUAACGGCACGGACGGAGUGCAGGGCCUGCAGACGCUGACCAUGGCCAACGCCGCUGCCGCCCAGCCCGGCGCCACCAUCCUGCAGUACGCCCAGACCAGCGACGGGCAGCAGAUCCUAGUACCCAGCAAUCAAGUGGUUGUACAAGCUGCCUCUGGUGAUGUCCAGGCCUAUCAGAUCCGCACUGCCCCCACCAGCGCUAUCACUCCCGGAGUGGUCAUGGCGACAUCGCCUGCACUGGGCACAGGAGGAGGCACUGAGGAGGUCACACGCAAAAGGGAGGUCCGACUUAUGAAAAACAGGGAGGCAGCCCGCGAGUGUCGCAGGAAGAAGAAGGAGUACGUCAAGUGUCUGGAGAACCGCGUGGCCGUACUGGAGAACCAGAACAAAACCCUCAUCGAGGAACUCAAAGCCCUUAAAGACUUAUACUGCCACAAAUCAGAGUAGAAACGUCACCGAACACCUGCCAGGGGCUCGACAGGUGCCCGUCUGUCCCCAUGUACAGAGACUCAGCACAGAGCCAUGCAUCUGGAUGCCACUCCCCCCUUUUCUACUCUUCUGCUUUCUUUUUAAAAACUGCUGGAAAAAAUCCUUAAAGUGACUCACCAGGAAUCGAAAACAAAAACACACACACCCUCCCACUUCAGCGAUUUGAAUUCUGUUCCCAUCAGUUUCCCAUCAAAGGAUGAAGCGACGUUCAGAGUGAAUGUGGAGGAGUACACACCGAUACAGGGUCAUGAUGGUGAAGUGACAGAACAGAUAACAAGGCUGUUCUUUUUUGUUUUUGACGCCACCAAAGGGAAGCAUUCCAGUCACUGGUGCCUGGACAAACUGGGCAACAUCACCAGCAACGGGGAACUGCUCAAUUGCCACCACCAACGACAGAACUUUAUACCAGUUGGAUCUCCCUGGGACACUCGAAACAUUGGAGAGGUUACCCUUGUGUGCAACGUUUGUUACUGUAACUGCGCUCUCGCAUUAACAUCUGUUACUAAUGCUUUGAACUGUAGAUGGGCUGUCAUGGACGUUUUAUCUUUUAGCUGUUUUGUUUUAUUAUGUAUUGGAUUAUCUGCUUGCAUAAUGCCAUUGACUUUUUUUUUUUUUUUUUUACUUUGCCUUGAUACGACAUGAACAAAAAAAGCAAAGCAUUAUGUUGGAUUGUACAAUGGUUUUCAUGUUAAACGCAGCUUUAAAGAUACAUGACGAAAAGUCGGAAUCUCUCACGUGGAACAUUUACAGAACUCCUUAAGUGUUUCGUUGCUGUCGGAUGCAUGUUCCUGAUUAUAUUACCAAGGCUCAUUGUUUUUGGUUUCUUACAAUGUUCAAACAAAUAUCCAGACGUUUAAAAGGUACGGACUAGUUUGGACAGAUUUCAACUGGUUUUGCUCCUGCUGCUCACCUGAAAAUAAGAUUGAACACAAAUCAAAUGCAGCUGGCGCAUCAGUUUUGAUUUCCACUCAUGUUUUUGCAUCAUGGAUUUUUCAGUCCUUGUUUUUUUUUAAUUCCUUAAUCAACAAAAAUAAUGAGCCUUACUUGUUUUGUAUUUAAAGAAACACUUUGCCGCCACAUUUCUUAACAAAUCUGGAGACACACGGCCGCGCACUGGAAUCAGAAAUUGCUUAUAGAUGGUCUUUGAACACGUUACGUCGCCACAUUUUAGUUUAAAUUAUGUACAAUUUGAAGAGCAGUUCAAGUUCUGGUUAUAGGAUUACAAAGUGGCAUGUGCACUUUCUCUGCAUACAACAAUCCUACUGUAUCUCACAAUUUAACAGAAAAAUCUCACGCACCACCGACAGAUAAAGCUGUUGCGAGGUGCCUCUAAGAUUAACAGUGUCCCUUUCGUUUCGUAUUAAUAAUCAAGGCAUCAUCAUGCACUUGAGGUUAAUUGUGAGGAGCGUUAAAUCUCACCAUCUUGAUUGCACCUAUCAGACACGUGCGACCAAAAUCAAAAAGACUUCACCGUGAACAAAAAUGGAUGUUUUCAUAUUAAUGGAAUGCCAUGUUGUAUUAUUUUAGGUGUUAUGUAUAGUUAUGACAUAGUCUGCUUUUUUUUUUGUUGCUUUUCAUUAAUUUUGUAUUCACAAUUUCUAAACGUCAGCACCAACUUGUAUAAUACAGUGCAUUAUGUUAGAGCUAUUCAAAUAUUACAUUUUUGGCAGCUGUUAAUAAAUGUGUUUCUGGUAA